AUGGGUAGGGUUAACGUGAAUUAACUGUGGAUUCUCUUACAACUGACGUCUGGCUUAUCCAUUUUUUUCAUAUUACAGACAAGGAUAUUGGAUGUGCCACUUAUGUACUUCAAUGCAACCCUUCCGAGACAUUGCUCCUGUGACUCAUAACGGUUUUUCGAACGGUAUCCUCCAGACAAAUCAGUCAGACUCCUCUUUAAAUCCUCUCUUCCAAAAAUUCGAUACUUUCCGGGGUAAUAUGGCCAUAACGACGGAUAUGUACGUAAAUCAGCACAGUCGCCAUCCCCACGGUGGCUCCCAUCUCGCACAUCCCAUGCAAUAUCACCACGGAAGCCAUCCUCAAGGUCUUCACAAUCUCUCAAACCCCUCCAACUGUCACGUACCAUCUAAUGGUUUCCCUCAGAUGGUGCGAGUUUGGGACGUCUGGGCCCACAAUUUUCAAGAAGGUAUGCGGCUCGUCCGGAGGCUAGCACGGAACUCGCGUUUUGUCGCCGUAGACACUGAAUUCCCUGGCGUUGUGGCAAAGGUUUUUGGAGAGUACACAAACAGUUUUGAGCAGGCGUACCACAACAUCAAGGUUAAUAUUGACAUGUUACGGCCCAUCCAGAUCGGUUUCAGCUUCUUCGGUGAGCGUGGCCAGUCCGUGGAUUUAGUUUCUACCGUCCAGUUUAAUCUCAAGUGGAACGUCGACAACGAGACGCACGCAGCGGACUCAAUUCAGCUACUAGAAUUGUGCGGGAUUGACUUCGAAAAACUGAAAAUGAAUGGGGUCGAGCUGCAGGAGUUUGCGGAGGCCUUCCUUGCCAGCGGACUGGCUCUCAACGAAAACAUAACUUGGAUUGGUUUUCAUAGGUAA